GUGUGCGUCAUCCCCUCCUCCUCCUACCACAUUCCCUCUUCGCGUUUCUUUCUUUUCCGUGGAGAAGUGAUGCUCGUUAAUGUUACGGAAUAAUACGAAUUAGAAAAUCGUAUUUAGUGCAGAAAACUCGAAAAUUUAUAUAAAUUUAUAUAAAAUAUGCCGUCUGUAACGUUAAAAGAUGUGGAUCAGCAGAAAUUCGUGAAGGCUUUUGCAGCCUUCCUCAAAAAAACUGGCAAAAUGCGUGUACCAGAAUGGGUGGACAUUGUGAAAACAGCCAAAUUUAAAGAGUUGGCUCCUUACGAUCCCGAUUGGUACUACAUCAGAUGUGCAGCUUUGGUACGUCAUAUUUAUAUCCGCAGUCCGAUUGGUGUUGGCGCUGUUACUAAAAUCUUUGGUGGACGUAAACGCAAUGGCACUCAUCCCAGCCACUUCUGCCGAUCAGCUGGUGGUGUUGCGCGCAAAGCACUCCAAAGCUUGGAACAGUUGAAGUUGAUUGAAAAAGCACCUCUUGGUGGACGUAAAUUGACCAGUCAGGGACGCAGGGAUUUGGAUCGUAUCGCCGCACAAGUUAAAGCUAAAAGCAAAAAGCAACUUAAACUUCAAGAGACAAUUGCAAUUUAGAUAUUUCAUUAUGUUUCUGUAAUAAAAAAUUAAAAAAGGACAUGUAAAUUUCUAAAAUUGUCUUUUGGAAUAUUUUUAAAAUACAUGACUCCAUGAAAUCCACAUCAAUAAAGUACCCAGAGAAUAUAA